AUGGGCCAGACCCUCUCCGAGCCCGUGCAGGACAAGCACACGCAGGAAGGUGCCGAUGACCGACUGGCGUGGGCCGUGAGCGAGAUGCAGGGCUGGAGGCUCACCAUGGAGGACGCGCACGCGAGCGUCCUCUCGCUCGGCGACGAGACCGACGGCAAGAAGACGUCCUUCUUCGCGGUGUACGACGGCCAUGGAGGCUCGACCGUCGCAAAGUUCGCCGGCGACACGGUCCACUCGCGCCUCGCCGCCAACGCCGCCUUCAAGCGCAAGGACUGGGAGGCGAGCUUGAAGCGGGCAUACCUCGAGACGGACGAGGACCUGCGCGCAAACCCCGACUUCCGCGGCGACCCGUCAGGCUGCACCGCCGUGUCGGCCAUCAUCACGCCCGAGAUGAACAUCGUCUGCGCCAACGCCGGUGACUCGCGCGCCGUCAUGUCGGUCGGCGGCGAGGCAAAACCGCUCUCGUUCGACCACAAGCCGACCAACCAGGGCGAGAACUCGCGCAUUGUCGCCGCCGGUGGCUUUGUCGAGUUUGGGCGCGUCAACGGCAACCUCGCCCUGUCGCGAGCACUCGGCGACUUCGAUUUCAAGCAGUCGCCGAACCUCGACGCCGAGCAGCAGGUCGUGACGGCCGACCCGGACAUCACGGUGCACGACGCGACGCCCGAAGACGAGUUUGUCGUCAUCGCGUGCGACGGCAUCUGGGACGUCCUCACGUCGCAGCAGGUCAUCGACUAUGUGCGCCUGUCGAUCUCGCAGGACAAGCCCCUGACGGCCAUCUGCGAGGACCUCAUGGACCGCUGCCUCGCGCCCGAUUCCGACUGGGGCGGCGUCGGGUGCGACAACAUGACCAUGAUGGUCGUCGCCCUCCUCGGCGACCGCACAAAGGACGAGUGGUACCAGUGGGUCAAGGAGCGCGUCGAGCGCGGCGAGCCGUACCAGACGCCCAAGGAGCUCGUCGAGCCGUUCGGCCAGGGCGGCAACGGGCCUCGGGGCGCCCUCAUGGGCGGCUCGUCGUCGUCCAACGCGGCCGGCACGGCCGUUGACCGCGUCGACGCCGUGGCCCCGAGCGGGAUCCUCGGCGGCGCCGUCAACAUGAGCGCGCUCGGGCGCCUCGCCGGCGCCGGCGGUGCGGCGGGCGACGACGACAGCGAGGACGAGACCGAGCUCGACCUGCCGACAAUCCAGGCCGCGCUGCGUGCGCGCAUGGCCGAGCUCGAGCGGGAAGAGGCCAUGGACGACGGCGAGGGCGGCGGCAGCGGCGACGACACCGCCAUGAUCGAGGACGUUGCCGACAAGGACGCGCAGGCGCCCAAGCAGGACGACGCAGCGGCCUCGGCGUCGGCGUCGGCGUCGGGCGAGACGGGCGACGACGCGAGCGAGGUCGAGCGCAAGUUGCGCACGAGCCACUCGAACUUAAAACCUUAG